AUGCACGGGUUUGAUAGCUAUAUUCCUACGGCUCAGCAAAUUGCUAAAAAUCAACCCGUGGGUUACGUCAAUUCAAACCUUGACGACUUAGUUCAGAACUUAGAAUCAAGGUCUGAAUCAGGGGAUGAUGGCAAGCUCAUUAGGAAACACACUCAAAUGGAUAUGGUAGAUAACUUCUUUCAUUUUGCAUCAAACACCCCCACAAAGGAAGACGAAUUGAAUCAUGAAAAUGAUACAAUAUUUCAAUCAUCAUCCACGUUUGAAUGGAUUAGUAUAGAUAAAUCGUCGAAACCAAGUAAUAACAACAUUAAUGAUUUACAAAACUCUGGGAAUCACUUAAAUAAUUUCUUCGAUAGCUUGGACAAGUUACCAUCAUUGCCAACUGAGGCAGAUGGUCACAUAGAUGACAAUAAUAUAAUUGGCAACUCAGAAGCCGAACAGAAUCAUCAUACAAUACAAGCAGGCAAGAACAAUUAUAAAUCACAAGCAACAAUGAAAUUAUCAGAAAGCCAGUAUCAAGGUGGUUCUCAACUGCAUCAACCGAAAGAUAGAAAGCAACAAUUUGGAUUGCUAGAUGCUCCAGUGGAUUCAAUAUGGGAUCAAUUUCUAACAUCAGUGACACCUGCUUUUGGAUUAAACUCUUCUCUGUUUAUGUUGCAAGACAAAUCGGAAAAUCUCGAGAAGUAA